CCUCCCCGGGCCGCCGCAGGCUGAGGUGCCCGCUCGCAAGGCCGCCUCCCUGCCCACGCCGGGCGCGGGCGCGCCCCCCGUGGAGGCGGCGGAGCUCGCCGCCGAGGCCCGCGCGGCGGAGGUGCUCGGCGCGCAGCCCGAGGGCCUCUUGGCCGAGGGCUGCCCAGCAGGGGUGCUCCGCAUGGAGUCGAUGGGGCCAACGGACAGCUUCGCCGACGCCGUGCCUCAGCGCAAGGCGAUCUCGGCGCCCGUGGAGCUCGGUCUGCCUCUCGAGAGCUCGAGGAUACUUCGCACCAAGGCCCGCCUGGCGACCCUGUUCGGCGAGAGCAGCACGGACGAGCUGGAGAGCCCCAAGGACGUGUGCAACCCUCGGAUCUCUGCCGACCAGAGCACGGAGUGCGACGGCGAGACCGAGCUCCAGGUGACAGCCAUGCGCUCGACCUACAGCAUGGCGCACACCUGGACCGACAGGAGCGCCGUCCCCGCCUACGGCCCCAGCCCGUCCUGGUCCACCUGCUCGGACUCUUCUCCCAGGGGCGGCGAUCCGUCCUGCGGCCUGCCGCUCGAGUACCUCGGCCCUGCGGGCGGCGGCGGCGGCCUCACGGGCGCCGCGGAGCCCGACGGCGAGACGCCCACGCCGUGCAUGACGCCCACGUGGUCGAUGCAGCAGGCGAUGAUGGCGGCGGCGGGCACCGGGCCGGCCCUGCCGGUGGGGCCCGUCGACCUCGCCGACCGCCUGCAGCGCGCGCUCUCCCUGCAGGGCGCUGCCGCGCCGCUCCCGCCGGCCACGGUCACCCUGCCGCUCGCGGCGCGCCCGCGCGCGGGCGACUUCGCCGCCGCCGCCGCGCUGAGUCCGUCGACCCCGCUGGCCCCGCCGGCCCCGCUGGCCCCGCCGGCUUCGCCUGCGGCGGCGGAGGCGCCGCCGCCGCCGGCGCGCCCCGCGCCGGGCGGCUUCGGCGCCCCGCCGGCCCCGCAGGCGCCGCCGGCCGCGCGGGCGGCCGCGGGGACGCCGCCGCCGCCGCCAGCGCACCCUCCGCGGGGCGUCUUCGGUGCCGCGGCGGCGGUGGAGCCCCUGGGCGGCCGUGGCGGUGCGGCGGGCCAGGCAGAGACGCCAUCUGGCGAUUCCGGCGCUGCGGCGGAGGCUGCAGUCCAGGUCCAGGAGCCCCCGCCGCCGCCCGCCUCGGAGGCGGGGGCGCAGACCGCGGACGAGGGGCAGGACGACUCGAAGCAGACGAUGCGGCAGCAGCUCCAGGAGCUGAGCGACAGAGACCACGGCUGCGUGGUCACGGUGCGCAGGAUCCAGCACCUCGGCUUCGGAGCUGGAGAGGUGCUCAGGGACUACUUCCAGGCGUUCGGUGCGGUGGAGACCGUGCUGAUACCGCGGUCGCACGUGCGCUCGAUCUUCCUGGUCUCGGGGCAGAAGAGGCGUCAGGCGACGGUCCGCGAGCGGCCCGCCCACCUGGGCUUCGUCGUCAUGGAGAGCGCGUCUGGCGUGGAGGCCGCCCUCGCGGCCGGCGCCGCCCACGCGAUCGGGGGCUCGGUGGUCAACCUGGAGCUCUUCGACGCUGCCCGCUGGAAGGCCAGCUCUGGCACGGACCAGAAGUGAGAUGUCGACGGCUGCCAGGGGAAGGCCAGCACCGCCCCGCCCCAGCGCGCCCCGAGAUCAGCCCCCUACCUGCAGAAGCUGCCACGGGCUCGUGGCCGCCCCGCGCGCUCGGCAGCUGUGUAUGAUAGCAGUGUGUGCAGGCGUGGCUCCCGGUGGCCGGGGCCCGGGACGGGCGCGGCGCCCCGGCAGGGCUUGCCGCCGGAGCUCGCGCGUCCCUUCCUGGCACGGGCCUCUGGCCCGCCUCCCGCCUCGCGCGGCGUGGUGCCGUUUAUGCCUCCUGGGCCUUCGCUUGACUCACUCCUCGCCACAUCCCUCCUGCCUCGUCUGUCCGCCCUCCUUCCUGCUUCUCCCUCCUCCCUCUUCCUCCUUCCUCCUCUGCACUGCCUCGUAGGUCCAGGGCUGCAGUGUGAGCAACGUGCUCCAUAUCCUCCGUGUGCUGUUUACGUCCCACACGCGUUGCCUUGGAUGCCACUGUGCUCGAGGCCUUUUUCAAGGGCUGAGACUUGGGUAAAGGCUCGACAUGAUCGCAGCUCCCCUCUCACCUCCCUCGUACCCCACCCCCUCUCGUGUAGGCGUGCCUGAAUCGAAUCACACCGCGGCCCAUGCGCGCGUAAGUCUGCCUUUCCUUCUCGCGCCUGCAGGCACGGCCGCGGGGGACAAAGGCUCGGCAGCUGCGUGCGUGGGCCCGCUGGCUUGCCGGAGGACACUUUGCGUACCUCCCGAGCUGCUCCGCCCACGCGUGCGCGAGCGCCAUCUGUAUACUCUGCGGGCGCCCCCCGCGCGACGGCUCGCGCAGGCCCGCUGGCGGCCCCCGGCCGCUGCCCGCGACAUCGGCCCUGGGCCGAUCCGAGGCGCGCGCCGCCUCGACGCGCGGGCGACGCUAGCGCGGGCGUUCGGGGCGGAGCGCGACGGUGGAUUUCUUUGAGCGGCGGGUGCAGCCCACCCCCACAGUAGUGCCCUUGCAUCCCCCCCCCUUCGGCCCAUCCCUGGCCGCGCUCGCUGGCCUCGCCCCGCUGGGGAUCCCUUUGGCCCCCUUUACUAUCCCCCCCCCCCUCGUCGUCCGACCCGAUGGAGGACCUCUCCGUCAGUUCCGACGCUGCCAUCUACAUUUCUUAGGAUCGAGCGGUUCACGCGAUGCCGUAGGCCUGAGCCCUUUGUCGUCGCGGCUACUGCAGCCCGCCGCGGUGACUUCCGCUACAGCGUGCCGCGGUCCUCCUCCUCCUUCCUCCAUCUCCUGCUGCUGCGGCUGCUUUUUCCUCACAGUCCAACCUUGCUCCUCUCCGUGGUGGUGCCCUCCCCUGCUGCUCCGCCCCCCCCCGCCAGGAGCGCCGAGGGGUGGGCGGGGCAUGUUCGUUUUAAGUCCUUGGCCCGGCGGGCUGCUCCUCCUCGUGCUGCU